GGGCGCGGAUUGCAAGCCGCCACUCGGAAGGCUCUUCCCAGGGGCGGGUGCUCCAUAAUGCUCCUCCUCUCGGUGGGCGGGACGGGACACGGAGGCAGGAAGCAGACAUGGCGGACUGGGGCCGAGGUCAGAACCCAAGUGCUGUGGAUGAGAUGAUAGAUAUGGAAAACAAGCUAAUGGCAGAAAACCUAGCCACUAAAGUCACUAGGCUAAAAUCGCUUGCCCUGGACAUUGAUAAAGAUGUUGAGGAUCAAAAUCACUAUGUGGAUGGGAUGGACACAGACUUCAUGAGUGUAACAGGACUUCUGACAGGGAGCGUGAAACGGUUUUCCACCAUGACUCGUUCAGGAAGGGACAAUCGUAAACUCCUUUGUUAUGUCUCUGCUGGACUGGUUGUUGUCUUCUUCAUCCUUUAUUAUUUGGUGACAAGAACACGGACUUGAGGAGGGAGCAUAAAGAUGUUGUAUUGGAAUGUGUGUUGAAGGGGGUUGGAAUGGACUAUGAAGUACUUUCAAAUGUAUUUCCUGGGAAGGAUUAUUAUUGUGUUUACAAUGAUCUAAAGACUGCAGUAUGGUCUCCAGCAUCCUCUUGGGGUUGCUUUGAGAUUAUCUUUUUUAUUUUCAAAAGGAUAAUAUUCUGUCAUUCUCCCUUUGCAAGUUUACAGCAUAAUUCAUAUUGUUGAAGUGAAACUUUCACAUAUUGCUAUACCCUUUCCAGGGUAUGUAAAGAGAAGAACACUGCUGAUGCCUUCUAUGAUUUUGUGAUUCAGCAACAAAAUCUUGACACUAGCAGAAAUGUGUUGCUUGAAGGACUGUGAUACUAGGAUGUAUGCAUCUCCUAAAAACUAAUCACUCUCGGGGGGGGACUUUUUCCUUGCAAAAUUCAUUAAUUAUGUUUACUUCUGGAAACACAAGCUUUUAUAGCUACCAUUAACAGUAGAACUGGCUGGUUAGAAUAGAAUUGCACCUAGAAUGCGCAUAUUGGAAAGGGGGGAAAGUACUUGCACAGUGGUAACAUUUCUGUUUGCUUCUUUCUCAUUCUGCCCAAUGUAUCCUUUCUGGGUUAUUUAUAUUUGUAUAUUGGAUAUACCAGACCAUAUAACAAGCUAUAUUUAUUUCAAAACUUAUUUCAAUUAUGGAAAGGUUUUCCCCUCUCUUUUUUUCCAGUUCUUGCUGUUAAGUGCUUUGUAGUGUUCUGUCCUAGAUUAAUUUGCCUAGACCUGUUUAAUAAUUAUCCUGAGCCAACAGCCUGAUUGGAAUCAAAUAACUUUUUUGUAUUUCCUCAUAAUGUAUCAUUUUCAUAAUUAGCAUUCCUCAGUUUUUAUAUUUGUUGGGACUUUGGUAUCCACCAUGGAGAAAAAAUACAGCAGUUUUAGAACUAA